AGACAGAGAUUUCCUGGAAAAGGGCUGAGCCAGCGCCCUGGAGGAUGGGGAAGGUUCUGCCGGCCCCUCCCCCAGCCGGGGCUCUCCUCGUAAGUUCCCAGGGUGACAGUUCAGUCUUGAAACUGAAAGCAAAGCUGAACCAAGAACAUAAACCCACACACAGCACCAAAGGCCAUCUUCUCCGGCACUGGUGGCGGCAGGGCACUGGUGAGCACCCAGGACAUCUGGCCCACCUGUCCCUCCGUCCCCAGGCCCUCUGGAGGCGUGGCCAGGUCUGAGAGUCCCUUCCCCAAGAGCUGGGUCUGGCCAUUGCCGUCUGUGAUACAACACAACCCCCAUGGUGAGACACUUGUUCCUCUGCAGACUCCGCCUCUCAGAGUUAAUGUGCCCCUACUCCCCUGGUGGCCUGAGACAAUGUCAACCGGGAGCCAGGCAGAGUCUGGACGAGAGUGCUCUGCCCACCCACAGGGCCCCACCAACACCCCUCACACCAGAUUCUUUCCCAAGCCAAGGGGAUUUUAGGGAUUCCUCAUGCCCUCCCUGAGGCCAGGCCUGGCUUUCUAUAUGGCUGCGCCCUAGGGAUUAAGUCUCCAGGGGGAAGAGAGCCCAAAGUCCUGCUAUCUGUCACCUUCUCUGAAAGGAGAUGAGGAGAGGGUGAGUAGGAGGCUGUGUGUUUUCGGGGCUGGCUCAGGGUACAGAUGCUGGCAGUCCAGGCUGGCACCAAGGCUUGGCCACUUUCUACUGGAGGUGAUGGGCUGACAUCCUCUCUUCUCCCUCGAUCUUUACCUUCCUCCUUUCCUCUCCUUCCCCCUUCUUCUCCCACUGUCCUCCUUUUCUGCCUUCCCUCUUCUGGGAGUCUGCCCUGGCACGGCCACGUUGCUCUGGUUCACCAGCUGUCCUAGAAGCUUCACUCUAGGAAGGUGACUUACUCACGGCCCCCAUCUCUCUCCUCCUAGGUCGAUCCUGCGGUUGGCCCAGCCCAGCAUGCAGCCCUGAGCCUGGCUUAGGCCAACACCAACUCCAGCUCUUUGAGGUCCCCAUUUUACUGUGGUUCAGGGCUCUAGGCUCCAAGGUACCCUAGCAGCUUCUCUUUGUCAAGAAAACCCCGCAGCUCCAGAGGGCACUGCAAAUUCCGCUACCAGCUCUCUGAGAAGGCAGCAUGGCUAUUACCCUGCAGCCCAGUGACCUGAUCUUUGAGUUUGCAAGCAACGGGAUGGAUGACAUCCACCAGCUGGAAGACCCCUCAGUGUUCCCAGCUGUGAUCGUGGAGCAGGUACCCUACCCCGAAUUACUGCAUCUGUACUCAGGCCUGGAGCUGGACGACGUUCACAAUGGCAUUCUAACGGAUGGGACCUUGUGCAUGACGGAGAAUCAGAUCCUGGAGGGCAGGUUUUUGUUGGCAGAUGACAAUGAGGCAACCUCACCCUCCAUGUCAACCACUGAAGUCUUGCUCAAUGUGGAAUCCCCCAACGACGUCCUGGAUGAGAAGCAGAUCUUCAGCACGUCCGAAAUGCUUCCAGACUCAGACGCUGCUCCAGCCGUCUCUCUGCCCAACUACCUGUUUCCUGCCUCUGAGCCCGAGGCCCUGAACAGGGAGGGUGACACUGGUGGCCAGGAGGGGCACUCUCUGGAGGAGAAGAGCCUCAGAGAAGAAAAUGCCAAGAAGACUGGGAAAUCAAAGAAGAGAAUCCGGAAGACAAAGGGCAACCGAAGUACCUCACCUGUCACUGACCCCAGCAUCCCCAUAAGGAAAAAAUCCAAGGAUGGCAAAGGCAGCACCAUCUAUCUGUGGGAGUUCCUCCUGGCACUUCUGCAAGACAGAAACACCUGUCCCAAGUACAUCAAGUGGACCCAGCGAGAGAAAGGCAUCUUCAAGCUGGUGGACUCCAAAGCUGUGUCCAAGCUGUGGGGGAAACAGAAAAACAAGCCUGACAUGAACUAUGAGACAAUGGGGCGGGCCCUCAGAUAUUACUACCAAAGAGGCAUUCUUGCCAAAGUGGAAGGGCAGAGGCUGGUGUACCAGUUUAAGGAGAUGCCCAAGGACCUGGUGGUGAUUGAAGAUGAGGACGAGAGAAGUGAGGCUGCAGCCAUGUCCCCUCAGGCCUCCACCUCCUCUACUCCCUCCACUACCACCACCCGCCGAGCCAGCUCCAGGGUCUCUUCCAGAGCCGCCACUCAGGGCAAGGGCGGCCCCUCCUGGGAGAAGCCAAAGGUUCAGCAUGUUGGUCUACAGCCAUCUGCAAGUCUGGAAUUGGGACUGUCGCUAGAUGAGGAGAUCCCCACUACCUCCACUGUGCUUGUCUCUCCGCCAGAGAGCCAGGCCAAACUCACCCAAGCCGUGAGUCCUUCUUCAGUGCCCAGCAACAUCCACCUAGGAGUGGCCCCUGUGGGGUCAGGCUCAGCCUUGACCCUGCAGACAAUCCCACUGACCACGGUGCUGACCAACGGGCCUCCCGCCAGUACUACUGCUUCAACCCAGUUGGUUCUCCAGAGCGUCCCACCUACUUCAACCUUCAAGGACACCUUCACUUUGCAGGCCUCCUUCCCCCUGAACACCAGUUUCCAAGAGAGCCAAGUGGCAGCGCCAGGGCCUCCACUGAUUCUCAGUGGCCUCCCCCAACUUCUGGCUGGGGCCAACCGCCCAACCAAUCCAGCACCACCCCCGGUCACGGGUGCUGGACCAGCAGGGCCGAGCUCUCAGCCCCCUGGGACUGUCAUUGCUGCCUUCAUCAGGACUUCCGGCGCCACAGCAGCCCCCGGGGUCAAGGAGGGGCCACUCAGGCCCUCCUCCUAUGUGCAGGGCAUGCUGACUGGGGCCCCCAUGGAGGGGCUGCUGGUUCCUGAAGAGACCCUGAGGGAGCUCCUGAGAGACCAGGCUCACCUUCAGCCACUCCCAACCCAGGUGGUUUCGAGGGGUUCCCAGAAUCAGAGCCUUAUGGGGAACCAGACUUUCUCUCCACCCAGCCGCCCCACUGUUGGGCUGACCCCGGUGGCUGAACUUGAGCUCUCCUCAGGCUCAGGGUCCCUGUUUAUGGCUGAGCCUAGUGUGACCACCUCUGGGAGCCUUCUGGCCAGAUCCCCCACCCCAGCCCCAUUCUCUCCAUUCAAUCCAACUUCCCUCAUUAAGAUGGAGCCCCAUGACAUAUAAGUGAAGGGGUUGGGGGAAGUGUGGUCUACUAGACCAAGCUGAGUAGCAUUUUUUUUGUGGACUUCCUCUAGUGGAGACUGACUUGAGUAGAGCACCCUGCCCUUACAGUUCAGCCCCCACCCCUGCCUGGCAUCACCAUGGCCAAGCUAUGCCCAGUUUGAACCUCCCAGGCAUCAUACCAUGGCCCUCAAGAGUACUGGGGAUAUGCUCUUGCCGGGAUAAGGGCGUGACUUGGUGAUGAAGGGAAAAACCUCCUGGGUCAGGGAGAAGUCUGUGGCCAGGCCACGUGCAGGGCUUAGCGAGACGUGGCCUUUUGCCUGACUGCAUUUCACCAGCCACAUUCCCUACACAGGGAAUUUGUUAUCCCAUAUGUGAAUAUCUCUGUAUGUAUUUGUGUGUAUUUGUGAGUCUGUAUCUUAGUUUCUUCGAGGAGAACAAGGGUGUAGCUGUGAGGUCUUCAAGGAUAUGUGUCUCUCUGUGGGUCUGCCACAGACAUGGGGACUUUUUUUUUUAAGGGAAAAGCAUGAUGUAAUUUCCUUUGUACAAACCAAGAUUCAAUUGCUCCGGGACUAUGGGGUACAGGCUGGAGCCUCCAGAUCUAGAGAGAUGUCACAGCUGGCACAGGAUGAAGGUAGAAGAGCUGCAAUGUACGUGGGUUGGGUCGGGGGGGGGCCGGUAUGCAGUUGGAAGGGACGAGAAGACCGAGUAGUAUAAAACCACGAGGAGAGGAAGGGGAACUCAGUCCCAGGCAGCUCUUCCUGGAGUUUGGUGCACUGGCCACUACAGUCACCAUGCCAAAAGGCUGCGACUGUGGCUACCCCAGAGUGCUUUGCUGAAGGGUUAGUCAGGGGCAAAGUGCCCCUCCAGAGUCAGAGCCAGCCACAGAAUCCCCAGUCGGGGCUGAAUUAAUUGAAUGUCUGUGCCUAGGGCUUGGGCUGUUUCCGGAAUACCGGCCCUCUGCAGGACAACAGCCUUCUCCAGCACCCUGGCCUACAUCCUCCGUCCUGGGUUCCCUCUGGAUUAAUUUUUAAAAACCAGUUGCUGUUGAGUCAACUCUGACUCCUGGCAACUCCAUGUGUGUCAGAGCAGAACUGUGCGCCACAGGGUUUUUCAAUGGCUGAGUUUUCAGAGCAGAUCACCAGGACUUUCUUCCGCAGCGUCCGAGCAUUUAACCAUUUGCACCACCCAGGGACUCCCUGGAAUCAUUUUGCCCCUGAUAUUUCCCAGCUGUCAGGCGUUGCUGAGGAAAGUCCUGUAGUGAUGUAGAUUGGGCCCACCGCCACUCUGCUUCUGCCACCCAGCCUGCCUUCUACUCAUCUCGUGGUGCCUCUCCUGUCUCCACGUGGCUCGUUCCUCCCCUUUGUUCUCUUUCUGAGGGUCAACCUAUUCUCUCUUGAAGCCAACCCGAGUCAAGGGCUGGGCCCCCUCCCCUCUCCCCUCUUUGAAUUAGCCUGUCUCUCUCCUGCCAAGUUUGGGGGCAAGGCUAAGAAGUGUCAGCCUCGGAAACAGCCACGUCUUUCUGGUGAAUUUGGUUGGUGUGAAUCCGUGCCUCAGGACCUUUGUAUGUCCUCGGUACAAAGCCACGCACUUGACCUAACUACCUCCCCUGGUUGCUCUUCUCCCUCUUCUUCUGGUUGCUACCAGCCUACUAUCAUCCUCUCCCACUCUCUUCUUGUUCUCUCCCCUCCAGGAAGGAACCAUCUGUGGUUGUGCAGGUGCGUUUACUACACGUCUCCAGUAGAUGGCAUUAAGGGGUCUUUUUCUAAUAAAAUCAAUUUAUUAUGACAAUUUCCUGGUGGUUGAAAGUAAAGCGUCUUGAGAAGGGGUCACCUUUGUAAAAUGUGCACAAAGGCUCUGCAUGCGUUAGGGGUGGCCCUGCCCCUCCUAAAAAUGUGGUUUCUGUCUCUCCCCCCAGAAACUCAUCAUUCAAAGGUCGAUACCCUCACAGUCAAAUCUAACGCCUUCUUCACAGUUCUCAGCCCCUGUGAGCCCUCACAGCAUGUGACACUACUUCCCAGUCCCUUGUCUGUACUAGCCUGGUUCUCCCGUGCCCUCCUGCUGCCCGUCCUCUG